CUAACUCAAGGUAACUCUAGGCGCAGCAGCAGCAGCAGCAGCAGCAUCAUCGUUGUCUGAAGAACGAAAUCCUCGUGUUCGACGUCGCCUGCAUGCAAAUGGAUCCAACUGCAUGGGACAGACUGAGGCUAGUUUAACAACAACCUCCUCUACCAGCACUUGCGAGGAGGGGGGAGCGUUUCAGCAGCUCACCACCAGCACAGAGACAUUUCCAGAGCCUCCUCGAAGGCUCACACAGGUGACGAGGAGUGUUUCUAACUUCCACCGCCGCCACUGACGCGCUCACUGUGCGCUUUGCACCGGCGGCACUGCGCCGCGGGAGCCGCCGCUCAUGUUUGGACGUGACAUUUCGGUUUGCGCUGCGGCUCACAUGUGGCCACAUAUGACGCAUUUGCGCCCUUAGAGCUGGUCUUUUCUCGGAGGGGCGCUGGAGUCAUGCGUUUUCUGACAAGUUUACUCUGUUCGAGUUGCAUGUAGACUCGCGCGGAGCCAGGCUCCAGUGCACAAGUUGUUUGGGAAUAAAGAUGGUGAUGGGAUGCUGAGAGUGCAGAGCGCCGCCGACGAGGUAAACAAGGAGGUGACAGCGGCGUCCAGUUGGUUUUGAGCGGCUGCAUCCAGCACCAGCACCAGCAUCAUCAACGUCUCCGUGUGAGGAUCCAAACUGCAGGAGUGUGCUGCUGCUGCUGCUGCUCACUCCUCCACCUCUACACUCUCCCAGGUUUUUGCAGAAGCCUGACAGUGAAUUUUCUGCACAGCUGCGCAAACUUGGCCAGACCUGACAGUGUGUGUGUGUGUGUGUGUGUGUGUGUGCGCGCGCGCUCUGGGCAGCCUGGAUGGAUUUGCGGCGCACCGAGGGAAUUUGAACAGCAAGUGGGGAUUAUAUCAGUCCCUCUCCUAUUAUAACCUCAAAAUGGAUGCCGACAACAGGCUGCGGAGACGCCACUGGAUUAGCCACUCGCACACUGAUCUGCUUGUCAUCUAAACGGCACAGGCGUUGAAAAGUUUGGAUAAUCUGAAAGGCUAAAGGUGUAGAAUGCAGUCUGGAGUGAAGACGCUCUCCGCAGGUGGAGGUGCGUCACUCUGCUGCCUGCUGCUUCUCUGGCUCAUCUACUCCCAUCUGCUCAGAGAGGGCCAGUUGGCGGUGGGAACCUGUGAGAUUGUGAUGCUCAACAGAGACAGCAGCGUUCCCAGGCGGACCAUUGCCAGGCAGACAGCUCGCUGCGCAUGCCGGAGAGGCCAGAUUGCUGGGACCACAAGGGCAAGGCCGGCUUGUGUAGAUGCACGAAUCGUGCGGAGCCGCCAGUGGUGUGAGAUGGCUCCCUGCCUGGAGGGGGAGGUCUGCAGCCUCCUCUUCAACCGAUCCGGCUGGACCUGCACCAGGGGCAGCGGUCGCAUCAAGACCGUCACGCCUUUGCCCAAGGAGCCAUCGUAGGAUGCAGAGGAGCACAGCAGGCUCAGUGACAUCCAUGAUUCCAAAAGGAACUGAUGCCAGUUACUACAACCGAACAUUGUGUCAAUUCACCGAUGAGGCCGACAGCAGGCCUGACUUUCAGUUUUAAAAAAUACAAAAAAAUUAGUUAAGUCACUACAGUGAGAGAGUCUCGGCAGACACUUUGUGAAAACUCUGAAAAGUCUCAAGUGAGCAGCAUGGUCCACCCUCAACAACAUCUUCACUGCAGCCAAAUUCACAGACACGUCAUAGAGCAAACCUCCUGCAAAGAAUUGUUAUGAACAGACAGUGGACUCAUUAAAGUACAUACUUUUUUUGCUUUCUUUUUCUUUUUUGCUAGCCACCAUCCAGUCUGCAGGGGACGGCACCUUGAAGGUCUUUUUUCGUAUCCUUGGUGGUUUGAUUUAGACUUUGUCAGAAGAUCUUUGAGAACUCGGCCCCUUCAUCUUCUUCACUGUCACCACUAUGAAACUGCUCGGAGUUAUAUUUCAGCCAGGUUUCUCUUUCUUUUCUUUUUUUCUCGAGUUGUGGCUGUACUGUUGAACCACACCGUGAUGUUCGUUUGGAUUUUGGACCUUUUGACACCUUUCUCUCAUUUGGUUUGGUGAAACUUUACAAGGCCAUAGCCUCCAAAAUCUCUGCUCACAAAGUUUGGAUAAUGUGAAUGUGGAAAAGCAUGAAAGACUCUUGGAAUGUCACAGGAGAGAAUUUACACUCUUUCCUCUCUCUCUCUUUCCUUGAAUGAAGGACAUGAUGUGAACAUUUUUGGAUGAUUUAGCUUAAAGCUCAUGUUUUUUAUGUGAUGCCAACAUAGACUAGAAGCGCCGUUUUGUCGACGAGCCUCACACAUCUUGUGUUCUGUAGUGUGUGUGUGUGUGUGUGUGUGUGUGUACAUGCAGAGAUACACUGUGAAAUAAGUCAUAUCCAAUGCAUUAUUCAUACUCUUGUAUAUUUUUGGGACACGCCCAGUCUGAAGCUCACCAUCUGGCGAAAGGCAUUUGUGAUUUUACACAUGUUGGUUUUCCUUUGAAUCUUUGUAGAUGAAUUCGGUGUUUGCCUUUCCUUCCUUCUUUCUUAUGUUUUCUUUAGCACAUUAUAUAGAGAUAUUUAUUUUGGGAGAAAUAUUAUGGACACUGGGUAAAGAUCUAAAGUAUGUCACUUAAGUUAAAUUCUGUAAUUAAAAUCAAUUUAUGUGUGAUUAAAUGUAGUUCAGAAUCCUUGACUAUAUCGAUAAUAUUUUGAUAUGAAAAUAUGUUUUUUGGUCAUUUUCACUAAUGUAUUAUUUGUAUCGUGGAUCCCAGUCCAAGCUGAGUAUUGAAAAAAGAAAAAGAAAAAAAAGAAAGACGCACGAGUAAUUUAAGACGUGGACCAAGUUACAGAGACAAAAAAAUUAAUAGAUAAAACACAGAGAACCACACUACGACAAGCUACAGUAAUUUUCACAGACUUAGUGUUGUAGAAAAAUUGCAGUUGAUUAAAUUUUAUUCUACAGGUGUUCCCUUUACUGUGUCUGCUCCCUGUAUUUUUGUACUAAAUAACCCUGUACAUCUUAAUGUAUGCAUUUGAAGAUAUAAAGAGAGCGCCUGCCCCUGGGAGCUGUAGGUGCUAUAGCAUGCAUGUGUGUGUGUGUGUGUGUGUGUGUAGUGGAAAAACACACAUUUCCUCCUGAUCCCAUACCUUUCAUUUCACACAGUGUUUAUUUAUGGCUUUUUGGGUUUGCACUCACCAUGAACACAUUGUCCCUUUGAUUCAACUCACUUUCACCGCUGGAACCACUGCUGCAUUCACGCUCUGCAGGGCCGUGACUGCUAAAUCGAUUUGUAACAUUUAGGAAAGGAAAGAAACCUCUGGACUUCCUUCUCUAUGUCUUAAAAUGUCAAAGGAAUAAAUGGACAUUCACACCAGCGUAUAUAUCGUUAAACUGACUUCUGUAACUUCUUACACUCAGCUGCUGACUCCUGAGGUCUGAUGUAGUUUGGGUGAGGGAACAUCUACCGUCCCAAGCUGAGGGAAUGAUGAGAGGAACAAAAUGCCUUUAAUGGUCAUCACAUGUCUCUAUAAAUAAUGUCUUGUCCUUUUAUUUCACACUGUCCUUGUCAUGAAGUAGGGUUUUAAAGCACCAAACAGUUGGCCAAUUAUUCUCCAAACAUGACAGUAAAUGAGACAAACGGCAACAGUUGUGCAGACUAAAAUGUAAUUAGGUAACAACUCCACACAUGCUGUAUCCUAAUGAUUUCUUUGCAAUGCAUUAUCACAACAGCAUACUGCAUUAUGAAAGUUGCCUUGAGUGUUCAUUCACACUGGUGUGUGUGUGUGUGUGUGUGUGUGUGUGUGUUUAUCAACAAAUAAGACAAAUGGCAAGUGUAGAAUGCUUUAUUUAAAACAGCAGAUGCUUUCCUGAAAAUCUAGAAAUAUGUACAACAUGUAAUAGUAUAUGUUCAAUUUUGCAUUAAAUGUGAUUUGUUAGUAGGAA